GAUGGACCCGCACGAGCUCGGGGGCGCCGUCGGCGGAGGGAUCGUCGCGGUUCUGGAGGCGGUGAAGCAUUUCACGGCCGUGCCCCCGCGGAUUGGGGAGGGCAUAGGGGCGCUCGGCAAGAACCUGCUCAGGGUGGUGGAUCCGCUGCGCGAGCAGUUCAACAACACAGCAGAGUUUGAGGACUUCGAGAGGGAAUGGAUGGACUUCUUCGACGAUGUCCCCAAACUAGUCGAUGGUGUCGAGGAGAAGAUAACAAAUUUCACAGAGAACGGCAGACCAGACCUUCUGGUGCUGGCCAUCGGCGAUAUUCUCGUGACGCUCAGCGACGGCGUGAUGAAGUUCGUGCCCCACGAGACAGCUCAGGAGAUCGUGAGAUACGUCGAUGCGGUGGGCGAUAUUCUCAAUGCAAUUGGCAUUUCUUGGAUUGGCUUUGAGAGUGGCCAGGAGGUCCAGGCCAUCGAGGGCCUGUAUUAUGGGCUUCGAGCUGCCGUGGAGCAGAUGAUCCCAGAGGAUCUGCGAAACGACGAUACCUACAAGCUCGUGAUCGGCACUCUCGAUUCUGUGGUGGCAGACCUCAGCAAAACGGUGCUGUCGUUCCAGAAGCACAUGUUGGAAGGAGCAGUCUGCUGGAAGGUGCAGGGAUCGAGGCACCGGAAGCGCCCCCACAUCUGCCCCGACGGCUACCUCUGGAACGGCGAGCGGUUCUGCCUGCCGUCUCCCGCCAGCUCACCCCGCGGCUCGUUCGUCAGCCUGGAGGCCGCCACCUCUCGGAAGAGCGAGGGUGGCGAGGUGGACUCCGCAGCGGGGCAGAAGCGCGAGGUGCCAGACGGCAUGCUGGUGGCGUCCUGCGAAGAUGGCAGCCCCUUCUCUGAGAUGGUGGGCCACUGGUGCUAUGCCCCCUGCACUGCUGGCAUGGUGGCCCGAGGCCUGCAGUGCAGGACUGCCUGCCAUGGCGAGUUUCCCGCGGACGACGGCGCGAUGAUGUGCGGCCACAGCGACGAGGCCAUCGCCGGCGCGAUCAUGAGCAUGGUCGUUCAAGUUUCGUCGAGAGCCGUUGAGGCCGGGCUAAGGAUCAAGGACAUGGUGGACCAUGGGGUGGACAGCGAUGCCCUGCUCAAUACCAUCGCCACCUUCACUGAGAUGGGGAAGUCCUUCGCGUAUAACAACUGCCCGAUCGUCUCCCCCGUCGGCUCGGAAUCCCCGUACGCCACCAGGUCCCCGUGA